GGAAAGCUGCCUGGAGCCGCCCCCUCUCAAAGCUGGAUGCGGGGGAGCGAGCCUGGAACAAACCUCGCCUGAGUUUGUGGGCAGAGCCGGGAGCGGGGAAAGCUGGGAACAGAAAAGAGGCAUUUCACGCUCUSGGCUGAGUCACCCGAAGUGUAUAAAAUCAAGGCCAGGCAGUCGGAGCCACUCCGAGCAGAGGCACGAGGCAUCAGGACUUUUGGACAGAUCUUGCAAAUUCCAAGCACCUUGGAGAAGCAUGUUGUUACCUUUGCUCAUCCUCUCUCUAAUGACGRGGACCAUAGCAUAUGGCCCGGUGAGCAGAGCAGCAUCCAGGGAUGUCACCACCUUUUUCCAGCUGGCUCAGGAAGACACUUGGGAGAAUGUUAACCUCAACAGCAUGUCCUGUGAGGAUCGGAMGAACAGGACCUGGAUCACCCUGCAGCUGACCAACAACAGCCUGACAGCUUUCCCCAUCUGUCUGCCAGAAACCCUGGAGACCUUGGACCUCAGCAACAACCUCCUGGAAGAGUUGAAUGGCACAGAGAUAGCAAACCUCCCACGGCUGCGUGUCCUCUCGCUGAGGCACAACCACCUCUGGUCAGUGAGGUGGGGAUCUGAAGCCCUCAGCAGUCUCCUCAAGCUGGACUUGAGCUUUAAYAAGCUGUCAUUUGUGCCAUCCUGCCACAGCUCUGCCCUGCCUAACCUGAGGUGGUUGUCCUUGGCUGGAAAUCCACUGAUUGAAAUCCAGCCACUGGCUUUCUCCUGCUACCAUCAGCUGCAGGUCUUGAACCUCUCUGCAACACUGCUGGGGCAGGAUGACAGCAGAGGAAUUAGUGAGUCUGCUUUUGCCAUCAGCACAGAUCCCAACGAGGCCAUGAACAGGCCUGGAAACUCUAUCAAUGUGCUUGAUCUGAGUGGGACCUUUCUUGAGAAAAUUCAACCAGGGUGGGCCAGAGAUUUGCCCAACCUCAGAUCACUUUACCUGACAAAGAUGCCACGGUUAAGAAGCCUYGAUAGUGACUUCUUCAAGUCUCUGCCUGGUCUCCGAGAGCUGCACUGUCAGGACUCCCAUUCCCUGGAUUUUGUGCAGACAGGGAUGUUUGACAAUGCUCCUUAUCUGAGCCAUCUCUCAUUUGAAAACUGUAACCUGAGUUCCUUUAAUCCUUGGAACACCAAUUCAUCGGGUGGCAUCACAAUCAACUUGUACGGGAAUCCUCUACUGUGCAACUGCCAGCUCUCCUGGCUGCUGUCCAAGCCCAAGAAAAUUGUUCUGCAAAAGGCUCAGGAUACCUUUUGCACACCCCAGGAAGAUUCGGGCAGACUUUCAACAUCUAUUUCACUACUGGAGCUCUACAAUAAAUGCCAGUCUGAGAGCAAUGUUACACUCCCYAAUUCAAACACAGCCUCUCCUGAUUAUGAUGCCUUCAACUUCACCAGUUACGAUGCCACUGCUGUAGUAACAGACUCGGCACUGCUGACCAGUGAUGCUCACACCAGCUCSCUAAUCCAGAGGGAUGUAGUGAGCACAGCAGCCUCCAACUCAGCACAAACCAAAGACACCKAUACCAGCUCCCUGUUCCAGAAGAAUGAGAUGAGCACAGCAGCAUCAAACCCAACACUAACCAAAGACACCUAUACCAGCUCCCURWUCCAGAAGAAUGAGAUGAGCACAGCAGCAUCAAACCCRACACUAACCAAAGAAACCUAYACCAGCUCCCUAAUCCAGAGGRAUGUGAUGAGCAYGGCAGCAUCUAACSYAACAGAGCCGAUKCUAACAAAGGCCAGCAGUUCCUCCCACAAGGAGGAGGUGGUUUCUGAAUCCACAAGCAAUCCCCCUUCCUUGGCAUCUGUAACCUCCUUCCCAGUUUUUCUCAAAGAGCUCUUUGCUCAGUUCUCAGAUCACAGCUCCACAAGUCAAACUGCAACAAAACAGCUACAGAGAGGUCUCAGAACAACCGAUGCGACAUUUCCCCAGGAAGAGCCAUUCAACCAGACCACCAGCGAUUAUUUCAAUGGAGCAACAGGAGUCCUCCACACCACUGACCAUCACAUUCACUCCUUUGCCACCCAUGCCAGGGAAGAUGGCCCCCAAACGAGUCCCCCACAGCUGAACUACACAAGGAGCAGUGCUCAGUCAGAGCCUGCACCCACCACAUCAUCGCCCCAUUAUGUCGAUGACUACGAUUACAAUGAACAACCACCRAAGGAGACCUCAGUGCAACUGGCCCCCAUCACCUGUGACUACAAUCCUUGCAGGCACCUGCAGAAGCCAUGCAGUGAACUCCAGAAUGURUCCCAAUGUUUGUGUCCAGGCAUGUCAAGUGAAGAUGAGAUUCCAGACCCACCCAGGCUCAGAGAGGUGAUUGAAAUCACAGACAGCUCUGCACAGAUACGCUGGUGCGCYCCAUAUUCAGUUGUUCACACCUAUGAGCUGAUGCUUCAUGCUCAAGACAAUGAGGACAGRCAGUUUGUCAUGGACAACAUUUACCCCACAGCCAGGCAGUACACUCUGUAUAACCUGCUACCRUACACCACUUACCAGAUCUGUGUGACUGCUUCCAACAGAGCAGGGUCAAGCCAGACAACAGGCCAGGAAAUUCCAGGUAAUUCGUGCACCAGAUUUAAAACAAAACCCAGCUACAAGUAUGUCUUUGCUGCUCUGUCUGCAGCAAGUGGACUCUUUCUCAUUACCACAAUUAUUUUGUCUGUAUGUUUGUGUAAGGUGUGUAAAAAACCUCAGAGUGAGCAGUAUGGUACACAUUUAGUMUCCUACAAGAACCCAGCAUUUGAUUAUCCCUUAAAACUACAAACCACUAAUUAGCUCUGARUUAUUGUUCUACACAGUCAAAGCACACUGUUCUCCAUCAUCUUGGUCUGUUUUUGUGAGACUGAAAAUGUUCUUCAACAAAACCAUGAACCAUCCGAUUUUUUAACUGUGCUGUUUCUAAGGGAGAGAAAACCACCAAAAAAAGCAAAACAAUGAAUGAAGUCAACCAGAAAAAAAUCUUUGGACUCCUAUUCCUGUGCUAAGCAGCAGCAAGCCUAGACACUAAACUUGAAAAGUUGUUUUUAUAAYCACCUACAAAUAGAGUAGCAUAAAUUUCACACAGUGAGAGGCUGCCUGGCCAGCUGUCUGCRUUUMGUAUCUCAUGAACACAGAUGAGAGCUGUAAUCCAAAUUGCAUUUAGCUGAGCAAGACACACUCUGYUYUUAUUCACAGAGCAAAGUUGUGGGYUCAGUUUUUUAAARRUGUUAUCCAAAAAAAGGGGUAUAGUUGAAGGGACUUAGUGGGCUCAGUGACAAAGUGCUGUGCAGAUCUGAGUCCRUUAAAUAACUGAAGUGGAUGCAGGUGAUCACCUAAUUUCAGGAAAAAGAAAUAUGAAAUUUAAUUGUAAUAACAGAUUGUACAGCCUGUGGGUCUGGAGUAAUUAUUUUCUUCUGACUWUUUAUGAUGUUGUCCAUAACUGAGUCUCCCAAGUGCUUCCCCAAUGCCAGCUCACAGGCAGUGGGGGGUUUGCAGUAUAGCAGUGACCCACAGAAGUGGGGAGGGAAGCAUGUUAACAUUUGUUUCCCAAUGGAUUUUAAGCAGAGAGGAUGUUCCUGUCCCAAUCAUCCAUCCCAUCUGCAGAUUUAGUGGCUGAUGAUUUACCUCAUACAGUGGCAAAAAGCCAAGUAAUGAAACAGUUUAAUGCGUGUGUUGCUGAGACUUGAAAAAUCCAAAUGCCCUCCAUUAGAAGCAAAGAGUUCUGCAGACAUCUUUCAAAUGAACUCUUGGGUGCCAAUUUCUAUACAAUAAUAGUAAGAGAUGCUGAUAAUCCCAACUUUGAACUUGCCAUUAAAAUUCAGAGAUGUUUUUUUAAGGUCAGGCAGUUGUCCUGAUCUGAUAUUUCCCCAUAGGUUUCGGUUCCAGGAGCUGCCCAUUCCUGCUGCUGUACACUGCUGUACAGACACAGUGCAURAAACCCCCGGAAGUCUGAGGGGAAGGUGCUGCACAGUGUAAAAGAGUCUCUGAUCUGUUCUUUUGGGGUUUUAAUGCUUUCAGUAUUAACAGAAAUAAAAGCUACACAGCUCUGUUCUGUUCUUUUUUAAAGACAUGAAUCUUGGUACUGUCUUUACCAUCUACAAUGUUUAGCCUCAGAAAUUAACUUCUUUUGUUGUUUUGGAACAAACUUGGAACAUGUAGUAAAGAAAUGUUUUUAUUGUGGUAAAUUUGUGUUCUCUGAUGUCCUAAGAACUUUCAUUUCGUAUGUGGCAGAAGGAGGCUUGUGCCUUUGUCACCACUAUGGGCUUGCAGUUCUUUGUUGGGAAUUCGUCCUUUUCCCAGCAAGGCACUGUGAAUGACACUAUCACUGGACAGACACAGAUUCCUGCCAUGUCUGUCCUGAGCCCCAUGACUCAAAUUCGGAAUAGAAAUUAAAUGCAAAUGGAGAAGACAGGACAGUAUCACUUUUCACAUUCUGGUAGUUCAGACCUCUCUGUUUGGACCUAGUUUUUUAUAUUUAUUUCUGGCCUGGAUUUUUUCUGCAUUUUCUGGAGGGGUUAGUGAACAGGUACAGAUGAUUGUCAUUUAAAGUAAGCAAAUGAGUCAAAGACUCAUUAUCCCAAACUGGGGCAAAGAUCAUGUAUUCCCUUGUGUUUGUACAACAUAGCUCUAAGAGACCUUGACUGGGGUGUUUGAUUUUAACAGAAACAGAAACUAAGUGGAGCAAAAUAAGAGAUUUGUGAAUAUUAAAUUUAUGUUGUCUUGAAGAUUAGCUCCAGAGGAGGUCAGGAAAAAAAGAUACUGCAACUGAAAAUAAAGAUUGUUCCAACUUAAUUAUGAGUUUGUCCAAAGCAAGAGGACAUAAUUUAAAAUGAGAUUCUGAGAGGACACAUCUCACUACCCUUUAAUCACUGAACUAGAAGAUUUAUCACAGUUGAUUUCUCCAACCAGUUCUCACUCCAGUCUCUCCUGAACUUCACAGCCAAGGCAACAUAUCAAAGCCUCCCUUUCUUUAAAAGUGCCCUUUCUGGGAGCCACACAAAUAUACAUGUCCUACUCCCASAAACCCCUAGUUCUUCCAACUUUAAGUAACCCUCAAUAGCUCAGUUAAUAACCCUCAAUUCAUCUGAUAUAGAACCAUCCUGAAGCACCCAUGGCCCAAGGGCAGCGCCUUUCUUUUGCCUGGCCACACUCAACCCUUCCACUAGUAAAGAGAUGUAGCAGAAGGAUUAAA